UUACAAUUUUCAGCAAUAGAUGGGUUAGAAGCAGGAAACAAAAAAUGCCAAUGUCAAAGCAGCUUUUUGUCACCUGUGUCUUCUCACUGGCUGCAAUUGCUCUAGCAGCAAAGCCUGUGACCUAUAUCUUUGGUGACUCCCUGACAGAUGUUGGGAACAAUAAUUUUCUGCAAUAUUCCUUGGCCAAAUCCAACUAUCCUUGGUAUGGGAUUGACUAUAGUGGUGGUCAGGCUACUGGAAGAUUCACCAAUGGAAGGACCAUUGGUGAUAUCAUAUCUGCAAAGCUUGGAAUCACGUCGCCACCACCAUAUCUUUCAGUGUCUCAAAACAUUGAUGCACUCCUAAAAGGGGUGAACUAUGCAUCUGGUGGUGCAGGAAUUCUCAAUGACACAGGACUUUACUUUAUUCAGAGAUUAUCUUUUGAUGAUCAAAUAAACUACUUCAAGAAAACCAAAGAAGCAAUCACAACAAAAGUAGGGGAGGAGGCGGCAAACAAACAUUUCAAUGGUGCCAUGCACUUCAUAGGGAUUGGAAGUAAUGACUAUGUCAACAAUUUCUUGCAGCCCUUCUUGGCAGAUGGCCAGCAAUACACUCAUGACGAGUUCGUGGAGCUGUUAAUCUCAACCUUGGAUCAUCAGAUUAUGAGACUCUAUCAGCUAGGAGCACGAAAUAUGGUCAUCCAUGGAAUUGGACCACUUGGUUGCAUUCCAUCACAAAGGGUUAAAUCCAAACAAGGCGAGUGUCUAAAGCAUGUCAAUGAAUGGAUACUACAGUUCAACUCCAAUAUACAGAAGCUAAUCAACACACUAAACCAUCGCCUACCAAAUGCAAAACUCAUAUUUGCAGACACAUAUCCUUUAGUUCUUGACUUGAUCGAUAGCCCAUCUACUUAUGGUUUCAAGGUUUCAAACACGUCUUGUUGCAAUGCAGACAAAAGUAUUGGAGGUUUAUGCUUGCCAAACUCAAAGUUGUGUAGCAAUCGCAAUGACUACGUGUUUUGGGAUGCCUUCCAUCCUUCAGAUGCAGCAAAUGCUAUUCUUGCUGAAAAGUUCUUUUCAACUCUUUUCACAUCAGCUCCAUCUGCAGCACCUAGACCUUCACCCUAAAUUCUCCUACAUCAAUUUAACAGUAAUACAUACAAAUCAACCAGUUUCAUUAGUAA